GUCGUGGACAAUGACUAAUUUAGUCAUAUAUUUUACAAUACUUCUAUUAUAUUCUGUGCAUAUAAAUUGUGAAGCGUAUCAAGACAGGCCUAAAAUUAAAACUACUGAUGGAGAUCUCAUUUUGGAAUCAGCUUACGAUAAAAACAUUUAUAUUAAACCAAACGGUCCUCGAUCUAGUAUAUUUAUUGGAAACACGAAUAUCUUAGACUUGAAUAUCACUAAUAAAAAUGGACUAUCACCUUCGAUAGCGGCUUCGGAUUACAACAACGAUCGAAAUAGCAAUAAAGAUGUUACAAGUGAAAUAUUGAGAAGAAUUGAACGUCUAGAAAGCGUGAGUUUGACUGUGCCAAAUACUGUUCUUGUAAAUUUUACACAUUUGAAUAGGAGAAUAAAUACUCUAGCUAAUAGAGUACGCACGUUGCAGUCAACUGUAAAUAGUAUAAGAAGAUCAGAUGAAUGUCAAUCGCACCCUUGCGAAAAUGGAGGAACAUGUUUGAAUCUAGCCAGUGGUUAUUAUUGUUUAUGUCCGAAAAAUUGGAAAGGAGAAAAUUGUGACGAAGACGUGAACGAGUGUAAAAUGUACGAAGGCACUGACUUGGGGUGUCAAAACGGCGCAACAUGCAUCAACAGGCCUGGCUCAUAUGAAUGUAUUUGUAAGUCUGGCUGGUAUGGAAUCCACUGCAUGCGAAAAGAAAGAAACUGUUCCGGAAAUGAUUUCGAAAUGUGCGGACACGGAACAUGUUUACAAGUAAAUACAGGAGUAGGAAUAAAGUGUAUGUGUGACCAAGGAUGGACUACAAAUGAGACAAGUAUUUCAUGUCUCACGGACGUAAAUGAGUGUGAUUCGAAGCAAGGGCCACGAUGCUCUAUUAAUCCUCCAGUUGAGUGCAUCAACCUCCCCGGGUCAUUUGUAUGCGGACAUUGCCCUCCGGGCUACGAAGGAGAUGGAUUCAUUUGCCGGGACAUUGAUGAAUGUCUAACACAGCCAAACGGUGGAUGCAGCUUGAGCCCGAAGGUAUCGUGCUACAACACCCUCGGCUCAAGAGUCUGCGGGUCCUGUCCACCAGGAUAUCAAGGUGACGGUGUGAUCUGUACCUGGAGAGGUUCAUGUAAUAUCAAUCGGGGUGGUUGUCACCCUUCCGCUUUCUGUAUUGAUGGUCCUGGAUUCGGAGUACAAGCGGUGCAAUGCGUUUGUCCCAGAGGUAUGUCUGGCGAUGGCAUCGGGAUACAUGGAUGUUAUAUUGUUCCGACGAAUAAUAAUACUGGAUGUGAAGCUAAUCCAUGCGGCUUACACGGUCAGUGCCAUCCACUUCACGUGGGCUACACCUGCAUUUGCUCUCCGGGCUAUAGUGGUGCUAAUUGUGAUCGACAAGGUGACUAUUGUGCGAGUAAUCCGUGUUUAAAUGGCGGGACAUGCAGGCCGGACGGGAGAGCCACGAGAGGCUAUCGUUGUGAAUGUUUAGCACAGUUUACAGGGGACACAUGUGAAUUUAGAUCUGAACCUUGCGGGGGAGUAUUGGAUGCUGAAGAAGGUAGUAUAAUAUAUCCUCUUACUAAUACAACGUACAGGCAUAAUACACGCUGUGCGUGGGUUAUACAUACUUCGCCCGAUAAAGUUAUUAAUGUUACUUUUAGUAAAUUUAAUUUAGAGCAUAAUGCAGAAUGCCAUUACGAUUUCGUUCAAAUUCACGAUGGUAGAAGUUCUGCUAGUCAAUUAAUAGGUAGAUUCUGUGGGAGCGAUUUUCCAAAAGGCGGUAAUAUUAUAUCGAGUCACAACAAUUUGUACUUUUGGUUCCGAUCUGAUCAAACUAUAGCAGGGGAAGGUUUUGCUUUACACUGGACAAGCAUAAAACCUCAAUGUGGGGGCUACGUAAAUGCGACUAUUCAUGGGCACAUAAGUUCUCCAGGUUCACCUGGAAAAUAUCCUCCGAAUCGAGAUUGUUAUUGGCGGCUGGUUACAAAAUUGGGUAAAAGGAUUCAAUUGCAUUUUUUUGAAUUGGACUUAGAAUCACAUGCCAACUGUAGUUUUGAUUAUCUAGCAAUUUACGAUGGAUUACACGAAAAAGACGCGUUGAUUAAUAAAUUUUGUAAUUCAUCGCAACCAGCACCUCUCCAGUCUAUCGGUUCGGAAAUGCUCAUUCAUUUUCAUUCCGAUGCCUAUGGGAGCGGUAAAGGAUUCCAAAUCACAUAUGCUCCAAUUGAAGGGGUCCCAGGUUGCGGUGGAUUUUUCACAUUAGAGAGAGGUGAAAUCUUUCCUCCACUGUACGAAAAUAAGUACCAAGAUAAUUUAUUAUGCGAUUAUAAAAUACAAACAAGGGGCGACACAAAAAUUCGGAUAACACUGAAGUCUUUUAAUUUAGAGCGAUCGUUUAGAUGUACGUACGAUUACCUUGCAAUAUACGAUGGCCCGUCAUCAGAUUCUCGCCUCGUUGGAAAAUUCUGUGGAACUACGGUUCCCAAAACGUUCACAUCGACAUCAAAUUCUUUAUUUAUUCAGUUCAAAUCGGAUCAAAGCGUAUCAUCUCAGGGAUUCAAGAUAUCGUAUGAAUCUAUUUGUCACAAAAUAAUUACAGGCGACAGUGGUACGUUAAAAUCUCCAGGUUAUCCAUUUGGAUACCCAAAAAAUACUGAUUGCGAAUAUGUUAUCGAAACCUCUCCUGGAAAAGUAAUACGAUUGUCAUUUCAAGAUUUCGAUAUCGAGGAUAAUGUAUACUUUAAUUGCCAGUACGAUUAUGUAGAAAUUCGAGAUGGGCCUAUAAUCAAUUCAACUUUGUUAGGUAAGUAUUGCGGAGGAUCACGGCGCAUACCGCCAACAAAGACGUCCACGUAUAAUUAUCUGUAUAUUGGGUUCCAUUCUGACGCUAGUGUCAGUGGUUCUGGUUUUUUUGCAAAUUAUACAAGUUUAUAUACAGCAUGUGGAGGGAUAUUUAGAAAUACAUCUGGUCUGAUAAAUUAUCCGGAUACUGAUUCAUCACAGGGUAACGAUGAAAGGUUUUACAGUAAUGAUCAAUCCUGUUCUUGGCUAUUAAUUGCACCCGAAGGAAUGAUUAUAAAAAUAACAUGGAACAGAUUUGACAUUGAAAAACAGAGUUUAUGUGAAUUCGACUAUGUUGAACUUGUAGAAAUUGAGGCAGAUAAUAAAAACGACACUUUAGGAAAAUAUUGUGGCGCUACAGCUCCGCCUGCUCUGACAACGUCUACAAAUCAACUUUUGAUAAAAUUUGUAUCUGAUAAUAGCAUAAAAGGUUCAGGAUUCUCUAUGUCGUAUGCAUUUCUGGAUGGAAGUUCGCAAUGUGGUGGAUUGUAUGUCAAAACUCAUGGAUAUAUAUACUCUCCAGGUUGGCCAAAUAGCUACCCAGCUAAUCGUGAUUGUACUUGGACAAUUUCAGUGCCCGAAGGUCAACAAAUAUCUCUUAACAUAACUGACUUUGAUUUAGAAAUACCUAUAAGAGAAAAGUGUGAUUUAGGUGACUAUUUGGAAAUAAGGGAUGGUGGGAAUCAGAAUGCACCACUAGUCGGUAAAUAUUGUGGCAAUUUUAAAUCGAAAGUAAUUAUAUCGACAUCUCAUAAAAUGCAUUUGCGGUUUCAUUCAGAUUUUUAUAUAUCCGGGAGAGGGUUUAAAAUCGAAUGGGAUGGAACAAUAAGAGGUUGUGGAGGAUUAUUAACAGGUGUCACUGGAUCUAUAGCCUCUCCGAAUUAUCCCGAAGAUUACUAUGAUAAUGCGGAAUGCUUUUAUAAAAUAGUAACCAGCAGCGGCUCCAGAAUCCGAAUUACAUUUUUAGAUUUAGACUUGGAAACUACACCACAAUGCAGACAGGACUACGUGGAAAUAUUUGAUGGCCGUGAUGUAUAUUCCCCUAGUCUGGGUAAAUUUUGUACGAUGACCGUAAAUUUAACUGAUGUGGAUACGUCAAGCAAUUAUGCAUUCAUUAAAUUUAGAUCAGACAUUUCCUUAGGUGGAAAAGGUUUCCUUUUACAUUACAAAACAAUGUGUCAUACUAAUAUAAGCGGUAGUUUUGGUGUAAUAGAAAGUCCUGGGUUUCCUAGUAAUUAUCCUAUGAAUAUAGAUUGUUUAUGGUCGAUAACGGUUGGCAAAGGUAACAAAAUCAACAUUACUUUUAGUCACUUUAAUAUUAAAUCUAUUCAGCGAUCUAUAUAUUAUGAUGGAACAGGACGUAGAUAUCCUAUGUAUGGUCGGCUUCCUUAUUUUCGAAGAGUAGGAUAUUCAAAUCCAUGUGAAUUUGAUUAUUUACAAUUCAAGCAAGCAAACGAAGACCAUUUCUCUCAAAAGUAUUGCGGAACGAUUUUACCAUCGCCAAUACAAUCAAAAAGUAACUCUAUUGAUAUAAAAUUUGUAAGUGGACUUUAUAAUUCUGAUAGGGGGUUUCGGCUUGAAUGGGUUAAAGAUGGAUGUGGUACCAUUAUUCGUAAGCAAUUUGGGGUAUUCACACUUGCAAACAAUCUAAGGUACCUUGGCACUGAAAUAGAAUGUGAAUGGACCAUUGUCACUCCUCCAGGAACAAAUGUUUAUUUAAGACUCACAGAUGUGUUAUUAGAAGAAACAAAAAAUUGCACAGUAGAUGCAAUUGAGAUCUACAAUGGGCCAAAUGUUGCUUCUCCUCUGUUAGCCAAAGUAUGUAACCGUGAUAUUCAUACAUUUCAAGCUGCUGGUAGCAAUAUAAUGUUAAUGAAAUUUAUCAAAAAAUCUACACUGAAAGAUGUUUAUUUUGCGGGUAAUUUUCAAUCAAUUACAUCUGGGUGUGGUGGCCGCCUUAAAACUCAGUCCGGUCAGAUUCAUUCAAAGAAUUAUCCAAAAAAUUAUGAAGAUGACAUGGAUUGUUUGUGGUAUAUAUCUGUACCGAAAAAUCACAGAAUUGAACUAAAUAUAUUAGAUCUAGACCUUUAUACAGGAAACGAUAAUGACGAAGAAGAUUGUAGCGAUAAUAUUAAAAUAUACGAAGGUUCUGAUAUACUACAUUCUAAUUACUCUUAUCUCAUUUGUCCAACAUCCAAUGUGUCGCAAAUUAUAUCUAAUUCUCCCAACAUAAUUGUUCAAUUUAUUACUGACAACUAUGGCACAGCGAAAGGUUUCAAAGCUAAUUUUUCAGCGACAUGUGGUGCCGUUUUAGAAGCCCAAAACGAUGGCAUAAUCACUAACGAUAAAUUUAUUAGCUAUCACAAUCAUAACUGUACAUGGGUUAUAAAGUCCCCAAAGUUUGAUCAAAAAAUUAAACUUACAUUAGAACAUAUUGCACUGCCUCGCGAUAUGGAUAUUGUAACCAAUAAAGAGUGCCCGUCUUCUUUUCUAAAAAUAUUUGAUGGUGACGACGUAAAUGCCCCCCUGAUCGGAGAAUAUUGUGGCCGAAAGGUACCUCCUAUGAUCGUUAGUCGCGGUAGUGCACUCACUGUUGUUCAUGGCACAUAUUCCGAUACUCUAAGUGGAUAUUUUUCUGCACAUUACUCUUCUCUUUCGACCGCAUGUGGGGGAACUUUGUCGUCUGAAGAAGGUUCUAUAGCUUCACCGAAUUAUCCACUAUCUUAUCCGCACGCAAUGGAUUGUGAAUGGGUUAUUAAUACAUCUCCGGGCAACUCUAUGUAUUUGAAUUUUGAAAAAUUUGACCUUGCGUAUUCCGACCGCUGUAACGAGGACUAUUUAGAAAUACGGGAAAACGACGGUGCUGGAACUUUGUUAGGGGUGUAUUGUGGAGAUGAAAUACCCACGAAUAUAACAAAAGGUGCAAGGAUUUAUUUAAAGUUCCACAGUGACAAUAAAGAAGCUGGAAAUGGAUUUCUUCUACAUUACGGAAUUUCACAUUACAAUGAAAUAACUGGUUUAGAUGAUGGUGAAAUUUCAUCUCCACUUUAUCCCUAUGCAUAUGAAGAAAUUGGUGAAUUUUCAUGGCGCAUUAUAGCGAGUGGCUCGAGAAGUAUCACUAUUAGAAUCGAUGAGAUUAUUAUUAAAAAGCAACGAGAAUCCUGCGACAGUAAGCUCAUUAUAUAUGAUGGAUACGAUGAAGACGCCAAUGUUAUCGAGGUGAUGUGUGGGUUUUUGAAAAAUGAAGUUAAAGUGUUACAAUCAUCUUCUUCGAUUGUGUUCAUCAAAUUUGUAAUAACAGAACGCCACAUGAGCCCUACUUUUCACCUGAAAUGGUCGCAAGCGGACGAUUAUAACGAAAAUAGGCUUAAAAAGAAUUGUGGUUAUAAUCAAACACAAAUAGUCACCAAUGCACAUAGCGUUUCAUUUCAUUCACCAAAUUAUCCAGAGGAAUACGGCAAUAAUAUGCUUUGUGAGUGGGUUUUCGAAGCUAAACCAAGUUAUCAUUUGAUCCUUACCUUUGAUCAAUUUGAGUUGGAAGAAACUAGCGACUGUUAUGCCGACUAUAUCUCAAUUUAUACGCGCAAUGACAAUGAGGCGUGGAUACCGCUAAAACAAAAAGUUUGCAUAAAGGAGGAUUUAAGUAAAGCUAUGGAGACGUCAAAAUUUUUAAAAGUUAUAUUUGAAUCUGACUCGACAACAGCUCGCAAAGGUUUUACAGCGACGGUGCGAACUCUGUGUGGUGGAAUUCUUAAUAGCGAGUCUGGCGUCAUUGAAUUAGCCUGGGAGGAUAGGGGAGGCAUGUUUGAGAUGAACAAAAGAUGUAAUUGGACUAUAAAAGUGCGACCGGGGCGUAUUAUUAAACUAAGCUUUGAACAUUUUAACAUCACAAAUGAAAACGAGUGCACGAGGUAUGUUAUGGUACGGAAUGGAGAAAGUAUGGAGUCUCCAUUAUUGGGAGUCGGAAAAUACUGCGGCUAUCCACACGAAACUUUGGACGCUUUAAUAUCGACAAGUAACGCUGUGCACGUAAGUUAUUUUAGCAACAAUCGUGUACUUUCGACUCGUAAAUUUAUGACUUUCAAAUUGAGAUAUGAGGAAUUAAAUAUCGAAUGUGGCUUAACUUCGUCCUUGGAUAACGGCCAUAAAUGGGAAGUAAUAAACUCACCGAAUUAUCCUUCUAUACCUAUGCCCUUUUCGGAAUGUGUUUGGAUAUUUACAGCGCCACCAGGUGAAAUAUUGAGAGUUGACUUUAUUGAGAGAUUUGAUGUUGAUGGCAAAGGAGAAUGCAAAUUUGAGUCUAUUGAAAUACGUGAUGGCACAUCGGAAUUUUCUCCGAGUAAAGGCUUGUUUUGUGGCGAGAAGCCUGGUACAAUUAAGACUGAUAGUAAUGCCCUAUACAUAAAGUAUACGACCCGAUUAGCGGAACCUAGAAACGGAUUUAAAGCUAACAUAUCGAUUGAUAUUUGUGGCGGUACAAUAGUAGCUGAGGCUGGAGAGUUGGUAUCACCAGGGUACCCACACAUGUUGAUGUUACCAAGUGGAACAUUUUGUCAAUGGCAUAUAAUUUCUCCGACCAGACAUGUAAUAAAAAUUGAUUUAAAAGAUUUUAAUCUUCCUUCAUCUGAAGAAUCUUGUCAUACAAACUUGACAAUCGAGGAAAUAAUACCAGCUAAUAAAACAAGCGUCGUAUUAAAACAGUUAUGUAGUGAUGAAAUAGGGUACGGCGUCAUUGAGACAUUAUCUAAUGAAGCUGUCGUUAAACUUUACAUAGGAAAACCUGGACCUUGGAAUCAAGUUUCUGAAUAUAGAGGAUUUAAAUUAACAUUUAAUUCAACGAGGCCAACGUGUGGUGGUGUAAUUAAACAAUCUGAAGGAUUUAUAACAACACCAGGUUAUCCGCGUGAAACGAAUUUACGUUAUUGCCAAUGGAUUAUUAUUGUUCCAAACGAGGCGCGUAGAGUAAGAUUUGAAAUCAUGGAUCACAAUGAUAAUGAUAGAAUAGGAGUAUAUAACGACGUUAGUUUUGAAUCGCCUAUUAAUGUUGUUGAAAAUAGAACUAAUUCAAUUAUAUAUGAAUCAACAGGAAACACACUCGGUGUCUAUUUACUUGUUAAAACUUAUUUAAAACAGAAUCGUCCACAUCGUAUGAAAGCAAAAUUUAGUUCAAAUGAACCCGCCCUUUGUGGCGGUUCUCUUGAAGAUAAUAGCGGAGAAAUAUCGGCUCCGGAUAUUCAAAGUUCAUACGUAUGUAAAUGGACGUAUAAUAUUAAAACAGACAAUUAUCUUAAUUCAUCAGCAUAUAAUACCAUAUUUUUAUCGGUAGAUAGUAGCACAAUAAAUUCUAACUGUCGCUAUGGUUUUUCAAGAUUGAUUAUAUAUGCCCCGAUAGCAAAUGAAGGAAGAAAUUUGAUGUUUUCCUUGUGUGGUAACAAUACACAACGCUUUUAUAGUAUUCCAUUGACAACGAUGACGCUUAAAGCUAUUCAACUAGCUCAAAAACCUCUUACGUUUAACAUUAAAUGGAAAUUGCAACCAUGCGGUGGAGUUGUAUAUGCUGCUCAAGAAACAAAAAAUAUGACCCUUCCUACGUCAUAUAACGGCACAUUAGAUUGUGGGUGGGUUAUUGUCGCACCGAGUGGAACUAAAACAGAGACUACCAUAGAAGGGCAGUUUAACUUGGACUGUUCGGAUGAGUUCAUAAAAAUCAGUCAAGGUCUGACGGAGUCCCAAUCGAUAUUAAAUUACUGCAAAACGAAUAUGCCUCAAAAUUCGUUCAUUUCCACCUAUAAGUAUACGUAUAUUCAGUAUCAUUCUAAAGGAGCGAUAUCGAAUAUUAAGUUAAUAACAAAAACUGUAAGUGAUAAAUGUGGAGGGUAUUUGACUAAGUACGAUCGUGUAUUUACCUCUCCACACUAUCCUAAAAAUUAUCAGGAAAAUGAAGAGUGUGUGUGGGACAUUAGUGCCGAAAUAGGCUAUAGAGUGUCAUUAACGUUUAUAAACCGUUUUGUAGUAGAAGAUACAGCUAAUUGCACGAAAGAUGUUGUAAUUAUUUACGAUUGGAAAAAUGAAACGUAUAGUGAAAUUGCAAGAUUAUGUGGGCGUACAAUUCCACCAGUAUAUAAUUCAUCUUUAAAUAGAAUGAAAGUUAUUUUCCGUUCAGAUGCAAACGUAAAUCUUGAUGGAUUCUCCGCUCAGUGGUCUCCAAUUUGCGGUGGAACGUUUGAAGCGAAAGAAAAAGAACAAGUUUUGUAUAGUCCAGGAUAUACCGAUGAAUAUAGACCAUCUUUAGAUUGUACUUAUAAAAUUGUUUCUACACACCAUAAAUUUAUAGUUCUGAAGUUUUUAGAUUUCGAUCUCGAAGGGACAUAUCCCGAUUGUCGUUAUGAUAAUGUAACCAUUAGUGCACAUAGUGAUUAUAAUUAUUUGAUGCAGACUUAUUGUGGAAGGAAUAUGCCACCACGUUUAGAAAGUUAUGACGAAAUUAACAUACAUUUUCAAACUGAUAGAAAUGGUCAAAGGAAAGGGUUUAAAUUUAUAUAUUCUCUUUAUACAUGUGGAGGAAAAAUAACAGAACCUACUACGAUCAGGUCUAGUCUAUCAGAAACUUAUUAUGAACUCAUGAACUGUACGUGGACGAUUGAGGCUCCCACUGAUAAAGUAGUUGUUGUAAAAUUCUUAUAUAUCGAUGUGGAGAGUGAUGAAAAUUGCCUUAAUGAUUACAUUUCAGUGUUUGAUGGUCCUAAAAUAGAUACUGAUAAGCAGCUUGCCUUGCUUUGUGGUCACAUCAAUUCAAGUACUGUAAUACAGAGUAAAAAUAGGAAUGCGGUUGUUCAAUUCAUAUCAAAUGCCUACCUCAGUUAUAAAGGCUUCCAGGCCCAGAUUAUUUUUAGUUAUUCUGAAGCUGUCGGCUGUGGAGGAUCUGUAAAUUUACUUCCUAAUUCUCAAUAUACAUUGAAGUCCCCGUUAAUAGGAAGAGCAGUGGUGUAUGAAAACUAUUUAGACUGUCACUGGUCAGUACGAGCACCGAAAGACUACGUAGUAAAAGUCAGUUUUUCUUCUUUCCACGUAUCACCGUGUGCCGAGGUUAAUCAAACCGCUAUCGGAAUAAGUAAAUGUGACUGUGAUUUCGUUGAAAUAAAAGAUGGUAUUAAUCCUGAUAGUUUGGUUAUUGGGACAUUCUGCGGCCAUACUCUUCCGCCAGAAAUAAUAUCGUCUAGCAAUUUGAUGGGGAUUAGAUUAUCAACUGAUGGAGAAAUUGUUAGCUCAGGGUUUGAAUUACUUCUAAGUGCUCAGCGUUCUACUUGUGAUGAAUCAUCUUUAAAUGUUAAUUACAAUAUUCAAUCGAUACGUUCUCCUGGUUUUGAGACAGGAGUAAUACCAAGAGGACUUCAUUGUACAUAUGUUUUACAUGCGUCUGAAUCUUAUGCAACCGUGCAUUUAAGAAUUAAUCAUCUUGAUUUGCAACCAGGAAACGGUAACAAAUGUGACAAUGAUAGACUAAUAAUCAGAAGUAUUACUGAAAUACAUAAUAUGUCGUUAGGUUCAAAUUAUGUUUUAAAUAAAUACGCAGACAAUUUCUUUACUCAUGCAUACUUUUAUGAUUCGACUUUAAGUUUUCCAGAGCAAUUUGUUUUGUGUGGAGUCAAUUCAUCAUUAGAUUUUUACGUAAGCGGUGGCGUUAGUUUAAAUUUAAUUACGUCUCCGGAAUCUACAUCAAAACAUAAAGGCGUAGAUAUUCAAGUUUCGCAGGUAGGUUAUUGUGGCAGAAAUUACACAGAACCAUAUGGUAGAAUUCAAACGGUAUAUCUUGAAAACAUCUACCCGAUAAAUAAUGAUUGUUUUACACUUAUUACCGCCCCAGAAAAUUAUACAAUAUCAAUCUAUAUGAUAACAAUAGUACCAGAUUAUUAUUUUAACUCUCGAGCAUUUUUCGCCAUAUUUGAUGGCGAUAAGACUACAUCACCGCUUCUACUAAAAGUUCAGAGUGAUUAUGUAUCUCGUUCCGUGUUUUCAACAGGUAGAUAUAUCUUGAUGCAUAACCAUGUGAUAAAUGGUAACGAACAGAUUAUUUAUGAUUUAAAUUAUAUUAUAACAAAUAAGGGUCGAGGUUGUGGUGGGAAGAUAGUGAAUGAAUUAGGAAGAUUUACUAGUCCAAUGUAUCCAGAGGUAUAUAGAAAGAGAUCUUCUUGUGAAUGGGAAAUAGAAACGCCUCCCAAUACACGCUUAUUACUGCGCAUGACAGAAUUUGACCUUGGGGUUGCUUGUGACCAAAAUUAUUUAAGUAUAGUUGAUAAAAAUGGAAACGUAGUAUCCACAUUUUGUGAUGAAACUCCUGCAGACUACACAAGCCCAGAUAAUUACGUUAAGGUAAUAUUCACUACUACUGUGAAUAACGGUGGGACUGGUUGGGUGGCGGAUUUCAUAGGUAUUCAUUAACAUAAAGUUUUAUUGCCCGUUUUAUAAUCUGGGCAUCAUUUCAGUAAAUAUAAUCUGUUCGUUAAAAUGGCGAAGAAUACUGUAUGUAAAUAAAAAAUCAAAAGGUGUUAAAUAGGUUACCAAUAAACACGUGGCGAAACGGACACUGAUAUUCUUAAAUAGAAACAGUUUCACAUUUAUUUAUGACAUCGAUUUAUGUUAUUUUUAUUGUGUUUAUUGAACUUUUAAUUAAUUAAAGAAAGGGCAGUUUUGUAUAAUUCUUCCAGUGUCCAGCUGGGAAGAUGAUACAGGUGCAAAAUUUUUUUUAAUUAUAUUCAGUAUUAACUUUACCCUGUGAAAUAUUGUAUAGUGUUUGUGUUUAUCCGUGGAAUAUGUACAUAAUAUAUUGUAUAGUGUUUAUAUGCGUAGUGUCUUUUUGAUCACCAUGCUUUUAAAAAUUUUAAAUGAUCAAGUCAAAUAAUGUGUUUUUAUUUACACCGCCUGAGGGUAUUCUUUGAUCAUAAUAAUUCUGACUACACUUUGAUAGUGUAUUACUAGAAAAGUAAUAAUAUACGUUCCUAACAAUACUCUGUAAUGUUUGUACGACCAAUAUUAAGUAAUUUGUAUAUUUUAAAUAAAAUUUCUAAAUAAUA